AUGGUGAUCCUUGGAGAAGAUCGGGAUCUGAGCUGGAAUGGCGUCCGCGGGCUGAUGAAGAAGCCAGGCGUUUUCUUGGAAAAGCUUCACAGCUACGACACAUCUCAUGUGACCGAGACCACCUUGCGCAAGCUCAAGUUUUUCACCUCAAAGGACUACUUCACCCAAGAACGGUUCAAGUCUCAUCACGCCAUGGUCUACGCGCUGUGCUGCUGGGCACUCGCUAUCGCCUCUACCGAGCUGAAGAGCACCAAGAGGCAUUGA